AUGAUGUUUGGUGGAAAAAGCAUGGGAGGUGGAGGAGGAGGAGGAGGAAGCAUGUUCAGGGCUGUGAGCAGAGCAGCAGUCACAAGAAGUGUUGCUGGUGGCCCACCAAUUCAAGAACCCCUUUCGUCUUCUAAUUCUAAUUCUUCUGCUACUAACACCACCACUACUGCAACUACUUCAACUUCUAGGCACACCCAAAAACCUAGUUCCUCCAAUAACCUCUCUCUCUCUUCACCCACUUCACCUUUUGCUUCAUACAACCUUCCUCUGUCUGCCAAUUCUGGCGUACCCAGCUGGCCUUCUUCUCCUCAUUUUGAUGACAUUGAUUGGGUGACUGUGGAUAAUGGGAGCAGUGAAGAAGAUGAUGAGAGAAGACAUGGAUUUCUUGAGGAUUUUGUUCUUGGGCCUGUUCCUUCCAGGGAUGAAGUUCAAAACGCUGUCUCUGCCCUUCAACAGGUUUUCAGUCCUUCUCAUGCCCAGUUCGUCAGGGAUAAAUAUGCUUCUGAGUUGGAGAGGGAUGUGGCUGAUCAAAUCACAAGUGCCUCAGCUGGUUUGGUGGACAGAGUGUCCUCAGUUGGGUCAGAGUUAGAUUGGAUGGAGCCUUCUGCGUAUCUAUGUAAUUCAAAGAUGUUGCAGCCUCAUGCUUCUGAGAGAGUUUAUGAUGCUUUCCAUUUAUUGCAGACUGAGUCAUCCGUGCAGAGAAUGGUGAUCUCAUUGUCAUCUGAUAGAGCAGUUUGGGAUGCUGUGAUGAGCAAUGAGGUGGUGCGGGAGCUCAGGGAAUCUUUCUAUGCAGCUGAAGACAAUAGCUCCCAGAGUCCCGAUGAGGACGCCGAUGAUAAAAAUAAAGCAACAAACAUUGUGAAGUGGAUCUUCCAAAACACCAUGGCGAAAGUCAUGGAAGUAAUUGAGAAAAUUACAAAGGUCCUGGGUGACUUAAUUCAACCUCCAGGCAGUGAGAAGGUGAAUGCAGGAGCUAGCAAUCGCUUUGAGGAGAAGCUGAGAACAUCGUUUAUGCUCUCUGUUGUGGUCCUCUUGGUUGUGGUGGUUACUCGAAGCCACAAGGCUUGA